CGUACAUACAAGGGCUAUCAACACUACGACAGCUUCAGAAACAGUUCCGCGCACCUUUCUUGCGACUUUCUGACUUGUUUGCGCUAGCAGCGGCUCAGCGCUGUCGCAAUAUAUAGCUACAGGAUACCAGGCCGUGGAGUAGGGGGCUCGAACAAACAAACUGGCCGACCCGCCGAGGUCCCCGCCCCUGGUUCACUCGCUCUCGCUGCGGGAAAGAACGGGGCCUCGUCGACCCCAGCGGCAGCAGCUCAGCGGAUUGUCCGCAAGCCGCGGCUUACGCCCGCGCUCCUUAAAAGUCGCGGCGGCCCGCCUACGGGCGCACUCCUGCGGGCACGCCGCAGCCCGGCGCCGGCCCGCCCGCCGUCAGUGCUCCCGACCACCAGCCUCACAAGCCUCCAGUCAGUCAGUUCUGGGGGGUAAGCCAUGACCCAUCCCGGCGCCGCCCCGGCCGCUGCCACCCUCCCCUGUCAGCCGCCGCAGCCCGCCCAGGGGCGCACGGCGCAUCCGGUGCCGCAGUACUGCCACAGCAAGCACGGGCGGGGGCGUGUGGGCAAGCCGCUUUGGCAGGUGGUGGAGGAGGUGCAGGACGAGUGGUUUGAAGAGGAGAUGGAGGAGGCCCGGGGCGGCAACCCUGUGUCCAUGGCGCUCGUGGGUCAGAUGCUGAUACAGGGUUACGGCUGCAAGCGGGACCUGGCGGCGGGGAGGGACUGGGUGGCCCGAGCGCUGGACACCGCAAAGGGCAAGCCUGACUACGCGCACCUGCUGGGCGGCUGGCGGGCGCUGUGGGAGGCGGCGGAGGCGCAGCCAGUGCUCAGCCGGAGAGGAGGCAGGCCGCUGGAAUAGCGGGGCGGGGCGGGAGGGCUGGAAGCGAGGGACGGGUAUCGUGGAGCGGAAGGAGAGGCGGGAGCUGCGUGUGCAGAAAGCUGGUUAUUUCAAGAGCUGGGCAGGUCUGUGUCGGCACUGUUGCCGGUGCGUGCAUGAGAGGAGGAACUGCUUCCCCCAAACUGGGGUCCAUGCGUCGUGCCGGGUAGUGUGGGUGCGCUGUUGUGCCUGACGACCUCCGCUGAGGGAGGAGAGGCGGCAGUUUGCGUGCGGUGUAGAUAGAGACUGAAGCUGUGACGCAAUCUCGUUCUGGGACGGGGUCUGCACGCUGCGGUGGCUUAACUAGGAUAGUGGUGAUAGAGGAACUUAUUUGCGACUGCAGGUGCCAGCGGGGGCACGCUUAGGUAAAAAAACCUGAAGCUUCGUGAGGGCAAGGGCAAAGGCAAGGGUAAUGUGGCCGAGGCAAGGGCAAGGGUAAUGCGGCCGAGGCAUCGUGUCAGCGAGUGGAUUGUUCUGGGCUGAGCUCAAAGCAGUGAGUUCCAGUGCACCCACUGCUGCUAAGCGCCUCAAGGAGCGCUGAAGGUUUCACAAAGACGACGUGUUAAGGGUCCCGUGGGCCCCGCGCGAGCUGUAAAGCAACAACUUG